AUGGCCCCUAAAUCCAAAUCCAAGGUCGCGAAGCUCCCGCCCCCGCCCCUCAAAGCUGCUCCCGUUGCCAAGGCAGCCGCAGCCCCCGAGCGGCCGGCCGAUGUCGACGAGGACAGCGACAGCAACAGCAACAGCAUCGGCGACGUGGUCGAUGUCGAUGUCGAUGUCGAUGUCGAUGUCGAUGUCGAUGCCCAUGCCGAUGCCGAUGCUCCCGAGCGUGCUGACGACGAGCAUGAGCUGGCAACAUUUCAGGGUUUGGGUCUGAUUCCUCAAAUAUGCGAAGCUUGUUCCAACCUGGGCUUCAAGGUUCCGACCGACAUUCAAAAAGCAUCCGUCCCGCCUGCGCUGGAAGGCCGUGAUAUUAUCGGCCUUGCCCAGACCGGCUCCGGCAAGACCGCCUCGUUUGCGUUGCCGAUUCUACAGGCCCUCUGGAAUGCCCCACAGCCUUUCUUUGCCUGUGUGAUGGCGCCAACCAGAGAGCUCGCCAUCCAGAUUUCGGAGCAGUUCGAAGCGCUGGGGUCGACGAUUGGUGUUCGAUGCGCCGUCCUCGUUGGCGGCAUGGAUAUGAUGAGCCAGUCCAUUGCGCUCUCGAAAAAGCCCCACAUCAUCAUCUGUACUCCCGGCCGACUUGUUGAUCACCUCGAAAACACCAAAGGCUUCAAUCUCAAGCAACUCAAGUACCUUGUUCUUGACGAGGCCGAUCGUCUGCUCGACCUCGAUUUUGGUGCCGAAAUCGAAAAGGUCCUGAAGGUGAUUCCACGGGAGCGCAACACCUACUUGUUCUCGGCAACAAUGACAAGCAAGGUCGAGAAGCUCCAGCGGGCCUCGCUACGGGACCCUGUGAAGGUCGAGGUUGCCACAAAAUACUCGACCGUGGCCACACUCCUACAAUACUAUCUGUUCUUCCCGUUCAAGCACAAGGAAACGUACCUCACGUACCUCCUGAACGAGCUCUCGGGCCAGUCUGUCAUCGUUUUCACGCUCACAUGCGUCUCGACCCAGAAGCUGGCGCUCAUGCUCCGUAAUCUGGGCUUCCAGGCCGUGUGUUUGCACGGCCAGAUGAGCCAGCCAAAGCGCCUGGGUGCCCUCGCAAAGUUCAAGAGCGGCGAGCGCAAUAUUCUGAUUGCAACUGACGUCGCGAGCAGAGGUCUGGACAUUGCCGGGGUCGACGCCGUCAUCAACUACGAUGUGCCCCAGAGCUCAAAGGACUAUAUCCAUCGCGUUGGUCGUACGGCCAGAGCCGGAAAGAGUGGCAAGUCUGUCACCCUGGUGACUCAAUACGAUAUCGAAUGGUACCAGCGCAUCGAACAUGCCAUCCAGAAAAAGUUGCCCGAGUAUCCCCUGGGCGACAAGUCGGCAGUGCUCAUGCUCCAAGAGCGUGUGUCCGAGGCCGUUCGCUUUGCACACGUACAACUCAAGGAGGAGCAGCUCAAACAACGGGGCGGCAAGCGAUUCCGCGAUGCGACAGACUCGAAUAAGGCCGACGACGAGGAGACCUCGCAGACUCGCCUUGUCAAGAAGAAGCCCAAGAGCUCAAGACGAGCCUGAGCAUGCUGUCGACGUGCCUGAGCUGCAGCGCGCCUGUGGCUUGCAUCUUCCUGGUCUGCUUGCUUUGAGGGUGCAUUCUGGGCAUCCCUUGGUCGGGAGCAUAGACAUCGGGCUGAUCGUUCAAGACCGGCGCUGAGGGUCUCUGAUGCAAGCUGAUACUUGAAUACAGCCCGGAUCAGUGGAAGAGCUCCAGG